GAAAGCAAAAAUCGGAAGCAAAGGUCGCAAGUAGCAAGUCUCCAUCAUCCUCCUCAGUCCGUCCUUCCUCGGCCAUCUUUGUCAGCUACCAGAAGGAAAGCCUCUUCAAGCACCAAAUUUACACGCACAACACACACUGACUCUAUCUAUCGCUCUCUCCCUCUCUCUCUCUGUAGUUGUAGCAUUUCCAUCACCCCCAGAAAGCUCCCUUAGCUCACAAUCCACAGCCCUCUGCCCCUUCCCCACCCAUCCCAACCCUAGAGUGCCCCAGACAAAUAAGCACAAGGAUUGGAACCCAGAAGUUUGAUUCUUUUUUUGCCGCUUCAAAUGUGAAAAUUAUCAAGAACCCACAUCAGAAAUCACGGAAAUGAUGUUAGGGGCCGUCCAAUUUGGAGUAUUGGCGGCCUGUAUAGUACUCUUUGUACCCAUGGGAAUGGCGGGUUGGCACUUGAGUCGCAACAAAAUGCUGUUUUUUAGCGGUGCCCUUUUCAUUACUCUUGCGGUAGGCGUUCAUCUAACCCCUUAUUUUCCUUCUUUUUCCGCUUUUAUUCCAUCAUCAUCGUCUUUGCCUUCAUCACCAACUGUUGUAGCUUCUUCUGUAAAUCGUGAUUCUUGCAUUUCCUCUUUACACGAAAUUGAAUUUCAUAAUCAAGAUUCUAGAAAUAAUGACAGUACUAGUGAAAAGAAGUCUUGGAAAUGGGUAGAUUCUAAUAAGGGUGUAGUGGAUUGUGAGUUUCAGAAGUUGAGUAAAUCUGAUGCUUCUGAUUUGUUAAACGGGUCGUGGGUCGUUGUUGCUGGUGAUUCACAGGCGAGGUUGAUGGUGGUUUCUUUGUUAGAAUUAUUAAUGGGAUUGGACGAGAUAGAAAGGGUUAGAGGGGAUUUGUUCAAGAGGCAUAGUGAUUACCACACGACUGUGGACGUGAUCGGGAUGAAGUUGGAUUUUAUCUGGGCGCCAUAUGUUAGUAACUUGACGGAUUUGAUGGUUGAAUUUAGGGAGAAAAGGUACCAUCCAGAUGUUUUUGUGAUUGGGUCAGGGUUGUGGGACAUGUUACACGUGAAUAAUGCAACUGAUUAUGGUGUUUCAGUGAGCAGGUUGAAGGAUUCGUUGAUGCCACUUUUACCUGUUACUCCAGAAUUUGAAUUUGAGGAUAGGCCGGUAGUAGUUCGCUCACCUCUUAUGUUUUGGCUCGGGAUGCCAACAUUGAUAAACUCGAUUUUGAAUACAGAGGAGAAAAGAGCGAAGAUGACUGAUGCAAUGUGGUAUGCUUAUGAUGAGCAGAUUUACAAAAGUAAGCUAGUGCGGAAUUUUGGAGGACCUCUUUUCUUAUUGGAUAUUCACUAUUUGAGUAGCAGAUGUGGAAGGACAUGUACAGUAGAUGGGAUGCAUUAUGAUGGAAUUGUUUAUGAAGCUGCUGUACAUAUCAUGUUGAACGCGUUGCUCAUUGAGUCCCAACAGAGGUUGUCGUGAUGCAAUUUUGGUUUAGUUAGUUAAUUAAGGAAACCAGAAGCAUGGAGGAGCAAAAUCAUUCUUCCAUGAGUUUCAGCUCUAGUUGCUUCAAUGUUGCAUGUAUGAUUCUUUCAAGCCCACUUCCCUUGAUAUGGGAAGUUUUGUAUUAGUUGUUGGUUUAUAGGUUCAUUUUUGCCCCCCUUGAUAAUUUGUAUCCAUACAGACACUUACAAAACUUGUAUUUCAUAGUCAAGGAAGCCACUCCUGUAUCUCAUUCAAUUUUGAUGUGAAGAGAUACAAUGAUCUGAAUUGAUGUUUUUCCACAUUAGUUAUGAAUGUUUCUGAUACAUA